GGAUUCCCCGAAUUUUUCUAUUGUACACGAAACCUACGUAGUGUAGACAUAGUUGUCAACACUGGGGAAAUCGAGAUAUAUUUCAUACAGGAUAUUCUCUUUCAGACUAAAUCUAUACGAACUUGUAUAACGAUAGUUUACCGAUCAAAAAAAAGCUAUAUAUUCAGUCCAGGAAGGAGGAGUGACAAAAUAUGAUGCCAUCUCGAGACAGACGUUACGACACUGUCGUAAACAUGAACCAGACGACCAGAAGGCCCCGUGUUUCGGUGUGUACGUCUGCCCAAGUAUUCAACAUCCAAGCCUUCAUCGAUGCAUUGCUUCUGAAAUAUACCGAUAUCGUAAGCGAUGUUCGCUACUUCGAGCUACCCUACAACGAUAUUGAUCAUUUUAGUUUUCGAAACAAGGGGAUCGACGUCAUGAUUUUGUGUCACUCUAUCAACAACAGAAGGUUCGCCAUCACAAAUGUUACUGAUGCCAUCUAUGAUGAAUUCCUGCCAAAUGCCGUCAGAGCACUCGGCAAAACAAAGAUCUGCGUUUUAGUCCACGAUUUCAGAGCAGACGAGCUGGACACGGUGGAGAAGUACCGCAAGCAGAUGGAUGCUUUCCUUUCCAAGCAGCCAACGACCUUCAAAUGCGCUAAACUCGUCAUGGUGGGAGGGAAACUAGAUGAGAAGGUGGAGCUUGGUAAUAGUCAGUGGGAGGAGCUAUGUGCAUUCCUCAUGGAUGCUAGCCAAUCACCAGAGCAUAUCCCAGGCAUUAACCUGGACGUACUGUAUGACCGAGUGAAUAGUGUCUGUCAGAUUAUUCAGAGGUCACCAAAAUACCAAGUUUUCCUUGUUAUCGGUGUCUUGAUUUUUGGUUUGAUGAUAGUGAUACCCACGGUGUUGGUCGAUCGAAAAUAGGAAAAUAUGAGGCAUAAGGUUUUUUUUCAAUUUUUUUUUGUGGAAAGUAAACAAAUGUGGAAAAUGGGAUCACACUUAGAGGGAAUCUUUUCGGGUAAACUAGAAAUUGCUUGGGUAUCACUUGUGUUUAAGAUUGUUGAUAAAUGUUAACAAUCAAAUUUACAAGCCUAUAUCUCUGCUGUUAUUUCUUUACAGAUGUUAGAAAAUAUUUGUAUAUAAACGCACUGUUAAGUUU